UUAUUUGUUUUAAAAGUACUAGUUAGGUUAUGUAGAGAAGGAAGUCCAGCCUUGAAUUCAAUUCGGCUUCCUUUUGUUAGAGCAAUGGGAAGAGGAAAGUUCAAAGGAAAGCCUACUGGUCGCCGCCAGUUCUCUACUCCCGAGGAGAUGCAAGCUGGUACUUCCGCUCGACGUCCUCGCACGUUUAAGCAGGAAGAGGCUGAAAUUGAAGAAGAUGAGAGAUCUGAGGAGUCUGAAGAAGAAUCUGAAGAGGAUUCUGAUGGAGAGAAGCGGAAAGGUACUCAGGGUAUCAUUGAGAUUGAGAACCCCAAUUUGGUCAAGCCAAAGAAUGUGAAAGCGAAAAAUGUUGAUAUUGAGAAAACAACUGAGCUUUCAAGGCGUGAAAGGGAAGAGAUAGAGAAACAUCAAGCUCAUGAGAGGUACAUGAGGCUGCAAGAACAAGGAAAAACAGAGCAAGCUAGGAAAGAUUUAGAACGCUUGGCUCUCAUACGACAACAAAGAGCAGAAGCUGCGAAAAAGCGCGAAGAGGAAAAAGCUGCCAAAGAACAGAAGAAGUCUGAAGCUCGCAAGUAACAUAUGGUACCAUGAAAUGAUGUUAAUCAGUGAUUCCCCAAGUACAAGAAAUAUCCCUACAAUACUGGCUAAUGAUGGAGUUUAUACUUCGCCGUUCAUUUAUGUUCUUGUCUAGUUUAUAAGUAGUCAUCUUAUAGAUGAAAUCAUGAUAUUAUAAUACUUUAAGCUCUGAUUCUGUAUACACAAAAGUUCCGUCUGGCUUUCGCAUGAACAGUCAUGGGAAGGAUAUACAUUUCUUUUUGGUUGGUUGAA